GAGAGGAGCAGCACACAUCACAGCAACAUCAUCAUACUGUCAACAGGCAAUAAUGGAUUCUCUCUUCAGAGGAACCCUUUGGACCAUACUCAUCCUCUUCACACUGCCACACCUCGCCUACAACAUGCUGUGCCCCGGCAGCUGCCUGUGUAACUUUAAAGGUGCCGUCAAAUGUGUUGGCGACGCUAUCACAGAUAUACCACAGAACCUGCCUGUGCACACGUACCUGCUGCAGCUUAAUGGCACUCAAAUGAACAUCAUCAAUGAACGGAGCUUGGCUGACCAUGACAUGCUGUUGCGUUUCAGUCUGACAUACAGCCACUUACAUGCUAUCCAUCCCAAUGCCUUCCACGUUGCUCCUCAGCUCAAGUCUGUCAAGCUGUCGUCCAACGAUCUCUCUACCAUCUCUGCUCGGGUCUUCAGUCCGUUGGCGACACUGGAGCAACUGUAUUUAGAUGGGAACCAGUUGGAGACCAUAGCUCCGGAUAUGUUUGAAGGACUGGUUAGUUUGCUGGAUCUGGACCUGAGCCGGAACAAACUGACCAGUCCUGCUUCAGAUGUUUUCGAUGGACUGACCAAACUCACCUUCCUGAACCUUGGCAGGAACUCCAUAAAUAAGCUUCCACCAACCAUCUUCCACUCCUUGACUAAUCUUCUCCAGCUCAUGAUCUAUAACAACGAGUUAGAGGAGCUAGAAGCUGGGAUUUUUGAUACACUUGUCAACCUUGUGGAGCUAAAGAUCCACCGAAACCAGAUUACCAUCCUUCCCCCUCAGGUAUUUUGGUCACUGAAGAACCUUAAGACCCUCACCCUCUCCUCCAACCGACUUCAGGCUAUCCCAGAAAAGACCUUCUACAACAUGCCAAAGCUGACCAAGCUCACCAUUUACAACAACCCGCUAUUAUCUUUACCAGACCAGCUAAUGGGUCACAUGCCUGAUAUGACAGACUUGUAUCUGUAUGCUACUAAUCUCACCACUGUUCCUGGAAAUGUGUUCGCAAACAUGUCAGGACUUUUGAGGCUUAACUUCCAUUUAAACGACAAGCUGAGGGAGUUGCCUUCGGACCUCUUCUGCUGCCUUCCCAAGCUCGAGAAGCUGUCAUUGAAAUCCAACGACCUCCUUUAUCUACAUCCCCAGCUGUUCUCCGGACUAACCACACUUGGUAUACUGCUUCUCAAUGACAAUAAGCUGAAGAGCCUACCAGAUAACAUCUUUCAGGGCCUUGGAGGGGUUUUGACAGUUGAUUUGAAGAAUAACCAUCUCGAGACUCUUUCAGGAGAUACUUUCUUGUCAAAUUCAGUUUUGAAGGCUCUUAAUCUGGGUGGCAACCCCUGGGACUGUACUUGUAGCAUUCGAGGUAUUGCAAAAUGGAUAAGAAAAUAUGAGCAUGUUGUUCUUGACGGACAGGAUGUGAUAUGUCAUAGACCUGUGUACCAACUGCUCCGUACCAUUGGCUCUCUGCAGGAUGAGGACGACCACUGA